CCCCACACAUCUGGUAGCUUUGGUUUUUCUUCAAAAGAGAAUACUGCAAAAGUCUGAGGAAGUAAGUGAGAAGGGGGGCGAUAAAGAAGAUAUGUGAACAAAAGGGAGUGGAAAAUAUUACUAAAACAACAACGUCAAGAGUUAGAAAGAGGGAGCAAGCAGGUCACAAUAUGGCGCUGUUCCCAUUCUGCAAGACGCCUGCAGGGUCAGUUAGAGUGAGCAGGAUACAAUUGGUCCUGUACUGUUUUCUCCUGUCUCUUAUCAUAUACCUCCUCUAUGAACGUAAAGCCGGUGUCGGUGUGAAGUCACCUCAUCCUAUAUUUCAUGCAUUGGGAAUGGACAGGGGAAAAGUAAUGACAGAUAUGAAUGUCAUCAAGGCAACAGAGCCACAAACUCCUCUGGAGACACCAUGGGGUGAUCCUAUAGUGUGGGGAGACAAUCGAAAGUCAGCUAAGCGCAGGGCUAAAUUUGCACAUCAGGGAAUCCGUACAGGUCUUCUUGCCCUCGUGGUGGGAACUUACGCUCGGUUCGUGCAUCGUUUCCUCUCUUCGGCUGAGACCCACUUCCUCCCCGGUCAGAUGGUCACCUACUACAUUCUCACGGACAAUCCCAACUGUCUGGACCCCCCCAUCCGGUUGGGACCUAACCGAGAGCUGAAGGUGGUUCCUAUCGCAGAGCUGCCUGGAUGGGACAGGUUGGCCCGUCGUCGCAUGGCCCUUUUGGUUGAAGCCAUCAGGAACCCUAUCGGUAGAGAGGUUGAUUACAUCUUCUGUGCUGACAUCGAUCAGGAGUUUGUGGCCCCUGUGGGAGAGGAAAUCCUCGGAGACCUGGUGGCUACUUUGCACCCAGAGCUCUAUGAGAUGCCACGAAAUGCGUUUCCAUACGAAACUGAAGAGGUGUCGUCUGCUUGCGUGGACGACGAUGAAGGAGACUAUUACUACACCUCUGAGUUGUAUGGAGGUUUGGUUUCUGAGAUACACAAACUGGCCCGAGCCUGUUCUUUGCUCAUUCUGCAGGAUCACGCUAACGGGGUAACGGCCAAGGGCCUUGAGGAGAGCUACCUGAACAGAUACCUGAUCGACCACAGGCCCACAUGUGUGCUGUCCCCAGAGUACAGCUGGUGGGACUCAGGCCUGGCUCCUGAAGUGCCUGUGCAGAGGAUAGUGUCUCUAGGAAGGCAACGAGAGACUUAAGAAAACCAGAUAAGUGAAUCAAGGGUUCUGUUGGCUGAACCCAUUGAAACAUGGAUGUAGAUCUCAUUUCCACACGAAGUCUACGUUUAAAAAUGUAGUGAUAUGAUAUAAAGAGAAAGCACAUAUUCUAAUAAUCUUUAUUCAAUUAAUUAUUCAUAAUUUCCAUUUCUUGUUCUGCCCUGUUAACCAAUACCCUGCAAUCACACAGUAGCAAACUCCAAAAUCUGCUCUCACUUAAAGACCCAUUAUUGUGAACAUUGUCUCCGUGUGCUAUCUCUUCCACAGCCGACAAAAAAUAAAUUGACCUGUCUCUUUAAA